GUGCUUACUUCCGAGAAGAUUACGAUCAUAGAAUGUUCGCUUGGCACAAAAUAAAAAAAAUUAAAAAAACGGUAGCUCUUAGGAAAAACUCUUUUAGGUUAUUUUUACAAGUUGGUGUUUACAUAUUCAUAUAUUAUGUAGCCAUUUCAUUAACUCAAAUAUACGAACAUACAGAAAAAAUAUGUUCACGAGUAUUAAGGAUACCAGGACGAACAGCAUUACAUAGGGAUUGGACACCUUUUUCUUCGUUCAAUCUAAGUGACUAUAUUCAAAAGUUCGAGGAGAGCUCACUUCUAGUGCCUUCUGGACUCUGUGAAAAACACUCAUUAGUGACCAUUUUUGUUACAUCACCAGUAAAUGGAUUCCGUCAACGCCAAAGAAUAAGGAAAUCCUGGGGAAACACAUCGAAUUUUAACUACCCAGCCUUUUUCAAAAUGCAUGGGCAUCUCAAGGGAUUCUAUUAUCCUCCUUCGAAAAAUCGAAUGGUUUUGUAUGGCAAGUAUCUGAGCGCAAAAGAAGAGACCCUACGGGCUUCUGUCAGGGUGGUAUUUAUAGUUGGACGCCAUCAGCGAACUACACUUAAUAAUCGUGCAACAAUAAGAAAGCUUCGGAAAGAGUCCGAUAUCUAUAAUGAUGUUAUCCAGGAGGACUUUGUUGAUACCUUUAACAAUCUUACUCUUAAAUCAGUUAUGGCGCUUAAGCAUUUUAACAAGAAGUGUUUCGAUACCUCAGCGUACUUCCUGAAAGCGGAUGAUGAUAGCUUCGUUAAUGUUCCUAAUUUAAUACACAUACUUCUCGGAGGAACUUUGCCCGCAUAUAAACCUCACCACAAGAUGCAGAUUCGACUGACAGCUACUAGCGGCGUUUUUCUUGGCCAUGAGCUUUCUGACAUUAAACCAAUCCGUCAGAUGUGCAACAAGUUCCAUGUGCCACAGUACAUUUAUCCAGAGGCAGUGUUUCCGAGAUAUCUGUCCGGUAGUGGAUACCUUAUGUCCAGGGAUGUGGCUCGGCAGUUGUAUGAAGCUGCCUGGCAUACGGAAAUAAUUCCCCUAGAAGAUGUCUUUAUCACAGGACUAUGUUCUUUGAAUGCAAAACUAAAUCCCGUUCACAGCCCAUUAUUUUCAUUACGAAAAGUUCAAGAUCUGUGUGAUUUUAGGGAAAACAUUGUUCAGCAUUUUUUUAAAGACCCCAAUAAAAAAAGGGAAUGGCACAAUAUGACCAAUAAUCAAAUAAAAUGUAAAUAGUUCAUUAUUUAAAUAUUGAAGUUAAUAAUGGGCAUUUUAGUGGGUAUUUUAUUGUUUAUAAUGAGCAACAAUGUACACAUGCAAACUAAAAGGUUAUCAUACUUAAUAAAUAGUUGUUUAAUGUUUUGUUUCA